ACUGUCUCAAUGGAAGUGGUACUAGCCUGGGCCCCAGCAGUGGGUUUCACAUUCCUGCCCCAUGCAGGAGGAUAUUUAGGAAGCAGGAUAACCAAAAAGGAAAUCCCAGUGUGGUAUGAAUCUCUACAGAAGCCAUCCUGGUGUCCACCUAACUGGGUGUUUGCUCCUGUUUGGGGAACUCUCUAUACAUCUAUGGGAUAUGGCUCCUACCUGGUAUGGAAAGAACUGGGGGGCUUCAGUGAAAAGUCGGUGGUCCCUCUUGGUCUGUAUGCAGGGCAGCUGGCAUUAAACUGGGCAUGGACUCCAAUAUUUUUUGGAGCUCACAAAAUGGGAUGGGGGCUGGUGACCCUCCUGCUCACAACUGGUAUGGCAACAGGUACAACUGCUUCCUGGUAUAACAUCAACAAAACGGCAGCUUAUUUGAUGGUUCCUUAUUUAGCUUGGCUAACCAUGGCUUCUGCACUCAAUUACCGUUUCUGGAAGGACAAUCGAAACAAGAAACAACCUGAAUAAACAGUUCUCAGCCAAGAAGUUUUUUUUUUUCCACAAGAGUUUUCUAAAUAAAGUUAUGACCUUAUUUUAUUUUUAGCUGAACUACUUAGACCA